GAGCGAUGCAUUAGCGGCGGCCCUGGAGGCGAGGCAGGGCUUUGCUGCUGAGGCGAGCGGAGAGGCGCCCAAGAUGGCCCCUGCUGCAGAGGCGGCCGUGGCAGCAGCAGAGGGCCGGAGGGCGGAAGGGAAGGCCGCGGCCGGCCGGCUCCUGCUGCUGGUGGACAAGGAGGAGGAGGGCGCGACGGCCCCGUCCGUGGCCCGCAGCUGAGAGGAGCUGCCGCCGCCGCCGCCGCCGCCGUGAGGUCAUAUUUCACACUAUGUGCUGACUGUCUGUACUUACAGAAAAUAUUUAAAAACAUUUUUUUUCAAAAAAAAGUUGAUUCCAGUGGAAUCUGUGCUUUAGAUUUUGUCUUGUGAAGUAACGCCUGAAGAAAUGCCUGUACAAGCUCCACAAUGGACGGAUUUUCUUUCCUGCCCUAUUUGCACACAAACAUUCGACGAAACAAUCCGGAAGCCUAUCAGCCUGGGCUGUGGCCACACAGUAUGCAAGAUGUGCCUGAACAAGCUCCACCGGAAGGCAUGCCCCUUCGACCAGACCACUAUCAAUACAGACAUCGAGCACCUUCCUGUGAACUCAGCCUUGCUGCAGCUUGUGGGUGCUCAGGUGCCAGAACAGCAGCCAAUAACUCUCCGUAGUGGCGCUGAAGAUACCAAGCAUUAUGAGGAAGCCAAGAAAUGUGUGGAAGAACUAGCCUUGUACCUUAAACCACUCAGCAGUGCAAGAGGUGUGGGACUGAACAGCACCACUCAGAGUGUACUCAGUCGCCCCAUGCAAAGGAAACUUGUGACAUUAGUCCACUGCCAGUUAGUGGAGGAAGAAGGGCGGAUCAGGGCUAUGCGUGCAGCACGAUCUCUGGGUGAAAGAACUGUCACGGAGCUCAUUCUUCAGCACCAGAACCCCCAGCAACUUUCUUCCAACCUCUGGGCUGCAGUGAGGGCCAGAGGCUGCCAGUUCCUUGGACCAGCAAUGCAAGAGGAAGCUCUCAAGUUAGUUCUUUUGGCUUUGGAAGAUGGAUCUGCUUUGUCUCGGAAAGUCUUGGUUCUCUUUGUGGUACAGAGGUUGGAGCCACGAUUUCCUCAGGCUUCUAAAACCAGCAUUGGGCAUGUUGUCCAGCUUCUAUACAGAGCCUCCUGUUUCAAGGUGACUAAACGAGAUGAGGAUUCCUCCCUGAUGCAGUUAAAGGAGGAGUUCCGAACCUAUGAAGCUCUGAGACGAGAACACGAUUCCCAGAUUGUGCAAAUUGCUAUGGAGGCUGGUUUGCGCAUUGCCCCAGAUCAGUGGUCUUCAUUGCUAUAUGGAGACCAGUCCCACAAAUCCCACAUGCAGUCAAUUAUUGACAAGUUGCAGACCCCAGCCUCUUUUGCACAGAGUGUUCAGGAACUAACUAUCGCUCUCCAGAGGACUGGUGACCCAGCCAAUCUGAACCGGCUUCGACCCCAUCUAGAACUCCUUGCAAAUAUUGAUCCCAGCCCAGAUGCCCCACCACCCACCUGGGAGCAGCUUGAGAAUGGACUUGUCGCUGUGCGGACUGUGGUACACGGGCUGGUUGAUUACAUCCAAAAUCACAGCAAGAAAGGAGCAGACCAGCAGCAGCCUCCUCAACACAGCAAAUAUAAGACAUAUAUGUGCCGAGACAUGAAGCAGAGAGGAGGUUGCCCCCGUGGGGCCAGCUGCACCUUUGCACACUCGCAGGAAGAACUAGAAAAAUUUCGUAAGAUGAACAAACGUCUGGUUCCUCGAAGACCCCUGAGUGCCUCCUUAGGCCAGCUGAAUGAAGUGGGCCUAUCGGCAGCAGCUAUCCUCUCAGACGAAGGGAGUAUGGACUUGCCCAACAGAAAACCCUCUGCCUUGCCAAAUGGGAUUGUUUCAACAGGCAGCGCAGUUACACAACUUAUCUCUCGUGGAACCGACUCCAGUUAUGAUUCAGCCUUGAAGCCCGGGAAAAUUGACCAUCUUAGCAGCAGUGCCCCUGGGUCACCUCCUGACUUGCUGGAGUCCGUUCCCAAGAGUUCUCUAUCUGCCUUACCAGUGAACUCUCACCCAGUGGCCCCCCGAGGACCUGCAGACCUGCCUCCAAUAUCUGUUGGGAAGCAACUCCAAAUGGUGCCACGAGGCUCCCAGUUGUAUCCAGCUCCACAAACAGAUGUGUUUUACCCAGAUCCUCGGGGAGCAGGUCCACCAUUUGAAUCUCCACCUUACCAAUCAGGUGUGUAUUAUCCUGCAGCUCAGCCUUCGCAAUGUAUGUCUCGAUUUGUCCGACCUCCGCCGUCUGUUCCUGAACCAGGCCCUCCUUAUUUAGAACAUUACCCACCAUACCUCCAGGAUCGCAUGGUGAAUUCUCAGUACAGUGCGCAGCCCCAACAAUAUCCUCCUAUGGGACAACCCAUGUACCCUCCACAUUAUGACAGCCGGCGCAUGUACCCCCCUCCCCAGCCGUACCAGAGGGAAGAAAUCAUCAGAGGAAGCCCUGUGCCCAUCGAAAUUCCUCCACCAGCUGUGUCACCAUAUGUACCUGAAACAAGAGACAGAUAUCCACAGAUGGAAGGCUACUAUCCAGUUGGUCCACAUCUGAGUCAGAUCAGACCUUCAUAUCACAGGGAGCCUUAUAGCCGGCCUCCCCCUCAGCCUCAUCCCAGUCUAGAUGAUUUGCACCGACGACGAAAGGAGAUCAUGGCCCAGCUAGAGGAAAGGAAGGUCAUCUCCCCACCUCCUUUUGCACCAUCACCAACUCUGCCUCACUCUUUACACACUGAUGAGUAUAUAGAUGAAGAUCUGAAGGUAGCUGGCAAAUACAAAGGAAAUGAUUACAGCCAGUACUCUCCCUGGUCAUGUGAAACCAUUGGCUCCUACAUUGGAACCAAAGAUGCAAAACCCAAAGACACAGCAGCAGUGGGACUUGUUGAGAUGGGGAACGUGGAUAGCAAGGGGAUGCGAGACCAGCGUUUGGAUUUGCAGAGGAGAGCAGCAGAGACUGGUGAUGAUGAUCUUAUUCCAUUUGGAGAUCGGCCUACGGUAUCAAGGUUCGGUGCCAUCUCACGUACAUCUAAGACGAUGUAUCAGAACCCUGGCCCCAUGCAAGCCAUGGCAGUUCAAGGGGCAUCGACAAAGCCAGGCAACAUUUCAGAUUACAGCCCUUAUGAAACACAUAGUGCAUGGGGAGGUUCGCCAUAUUCACCCCAUCAAAACAUACCUUCUUCUCAGGGACGCCCUAGUGACAGGGAGAGAUUGUCCAUGACAGACGUGGCUGGCCAUGGGAAGCCUUUGCCCUCAUCCGAGAGGGAACAGCAGCUUCGACUUGAACUGCAGCAGCUAAACCAUCAGAUUAGCCAGCAGACACGAGGACUGGAGGCUGUUAGUAACAGGCUGCUGUUGCAGAGGGAGGCGACCCCCUUGGCAGGCCAGCCGCAGCCCCCACCGCCACCUCCCAAGUGGCCUGGAAUGAUCUCAAGUGAACAGCUGAGCUUGGAGCUGCACCAGGUGGAGAGGGAGAUCGGGAAGAGAACCCGGGAGCUGAGCAUGGAGAGUCAGUCUUCAUUGGAAGUGAAAAGCAAAGUGAGUGCCAGUAAGCAGACAGAAAAUGGACAGCAAAGCAAGGUACCAGCUGAGGAUGUUGCACUUACAUUCAGCAGUGAUGUUCCAAAUGGAGCAGCUCCAGCGCAAGAAAGCAUUGGCCUCCUCUCAAGCAAAACUGCAGCUCUGAGCUUGUCAGAAGAUACUGAAGCGGGAGGAGGCGACUUGGAUGCCCAGAGGACAGGAGCAACACCUACAUCUGCUCCCUGAAGGAACAAAAGCACCUCUCCAUUUCCGUCUGGGGUCACCUUUACCCCUCCUUGGGAUAUAAUGGGAGACACUGAGCAAGAGCUGCAACAAUGGCAGGUCCUGAGACAAUGUGCACAACACCACUACUAGAACAAACCCUGCACAUAGUUCACAUUAACACAUUUUUUAAUUAAAAAAAUGAAAAUUAGCAGUAUCUGCAAGCAACUCAGAUUAAAUUUGUUUUUGUUCUGUGAAUGAACUUUAUUUUAAUAACUUUGGAUGCCUUGAAUGCCAGGGCUUUAAAAGAAACAGAUAUUAUAUAUAUAAAUAUAUAUACACACA